AAAACACCGCCCGGCUGCCUACAAGGGUCCAGAACGGUGUUUACGACAGCUGGUGACAGAAGCUAGACCAGACCUUUAUGACAGUGUCUGAAAAAUAGUUCACAAGGUCUUCGACAGUAUCAAGACAUUACUUAAACUUACUCUCAGCUCCAGAACAUUUUUCACAAGUUUUUUCUUCCAAAGGGACUAGUACGCAAUCACCCAAAGAUGAACGCGAGCGCAAUGGACGUGAACACAGAAGCCAAGCGGAUCCUCGCCGUGUCUAUAAGCAAGUUGUACGCCUCUCGGAGCCAGAGGGGUGGCCUGAGACUCCACCGGAGCCUCCUGCUCUCCCUGGUCAUGCGCUCCGCCAGGGACAUCUAUCACUCCGCCUACGCCCAGGCGGCGGCGGAAGAGGCUGCCGCGGCGAUGGACGCCGAAAAAGAACUCGAGAAAGUAUCCGAGCCGCUGGUCAAUUCACCAGAGCCCGAGAAAGUUGAGCUCGAAUGCCGGGAGCGAGAAGAAGAUAAAGAAGUAGAAGAAGAAGACAUGGAAGAUGUUUUUGAGAGCGAGACGGACAGUGAGGACAAAGAGAAUAUGAACCCGUCCAGGCACUCGAGGAAGCGGCGCGGAAACACGUCCGCGGCGCCUGACUUCCUCCCCAGCAAGAGAGCGAGGCUGGAGCCCGGGGAGGAGAGGCACGCCGUGCUGCUGGGAGCCGUAGUGCCGCUGGGAGCCGUGGGCCUUGGAAGCUGCCGAGUCGGAGAGAGCCUCAAUGCAUUCUCGAUCAACCGAGUAGCGAUGCCUGCGUGUUGAACCAUCGGACGUCCCAGAGACCCUUCAGAAAAAAGGACUCAGUGAACCCCCACCCAUCCCCCUGCCGUCCACCGGACGGGGGGCUCUGAUCCCUGGUGUGACCGGGACGAGGCCGACGGGGCUGACCGAAAUCGGCCACCCCGGGACAAUAGGAUUACCGAGCAGUCGGAGACCUCUCCAGUUGUCGACCCAAGAGUUUGGCAUAGGAGCAGAGCGACGCUGAAAGACCAACAACAAAGACCUGCUGACCCGUGUUCAACUAGAACGAACUGAUGAACCGAUUUCGGGGAAAUCAGACAUUCGAAACUGUGAGGUCAUAUGUG